CCUUCCGACUUGUAACAUAGUGCCUCAACCAACUACGCUACCGCGUAGAACAAACUGCAAUUCGGAAUAACUACAACAAUUAAAACAGAGUCAGUGAUGUUGAAUUUACAAAGAAAUUUCAGUUUAAUCCAAUGCCUUUAGUUUCAUUCGUCUUUUUUUGACCACUCUGUACGAGUAUAUUAGUUACUGCGGAUGCAGGUAGAUGUCGCAGAGAGUUGCUGCAUCAUCUGCGUGAGAUGAGCCUAAGGAGAUGGACUCAAGGUCCACAACAGUGGUCUUCAACGUUCGGGUAUUGCUACAUCUUCAGUGCAACGAGAGGGAAAGUGAAUUCCACUGCACGCCGCUCAGCAAUUCAGCAAGCCCAUCUGCCAGUUUGCACAGGAUGUUCUCACUGGAGGGAAGACGCGAAAGAGGUAAUGAACUCCUCUGACCGUGGAAUGUUGUGGUUUCAAAGCCUCGAUCCCGUGGCCCUGCGGUGUCAUCUUCACGGAAUAGCCGCCGUAUUCCUGCUGAUCCUGUUAGUGCAACAGGGCAUUGCUCAACAGGCCGAUGACAAGGGAGAUGCACCUAACCAUGGAGUUGAGACACCAGCCGGAUAUCGAACUAGUUUCUCCUGCGUGGGACGUUUAGCUGGGUACUAUGCAGACAUCAGCUCUGGCUGUCAGCUGUACCACAUGUGUGACUUGGAAGGGCGACGCUACACAAACGCCUGUCCCAAAAUGACCCUCUUCCAGCAGCGCAUGAUGAUCUGUGACCACUGGUACAUGGUGAACUGCAACACCUCUGAGCAAGAUUAUGGCGCUAACCAGUUGAUCGGACAGCGCGACAAGCCUUUUGUCGGCCCGGAUGAGCACCUACACCAUCGCGAGCCCGUUCAUAUCUUCACAAUACUACAAAACUUGGGCUCUCUACAGCGAUUGAAUUGGUUCCCUGAAGUCAUAAAUCAGAUGCAACAAAAUUCGGCACCAAUUAACAAUACAGUUUCAUACAACGGCCGUCUGAUGGACCGAAUUCAAGAGGAUCAGUCAUCGAAGAUUACAUCGACAGAACCUCAUUCAACGGCCAAUCGCAUAGCACGAAACAGAGAUAUCAACACAACAGAAUCACAAACAGCGAGUUCUCAAAUAUCAGAUUCCGGAAACCUAACUGAAACAAUGGACUCGAACUCUUCUGCACGGUCCCGAGCGCUUCCUCUCGCUUACACAAAUAAUCCUUUCUUCCAGAGUCUCUUAUUGAGAACCACGCCGCCAACCCCACAGAAUAUGACAUCUGUUUUAAUGCAUUUUGAUACUUCGCGAAGUCCAAACAACGAUACUGCUAAGUUGAAAGAUGAUCAAAACUUCACGAUGUCACAGACGUCAGACGAAUUAGAAGAUCUCUCAAAACUUAAGUUCUCCUCCACAAGGAUCUUGUCCCAGCAGUUAUCAACUAAAGAAACAAAUGAAGUCUCUGUCCGUUUUGGAAAUUCCGAAGUAGAAGACAUGCCAGCCAGUUUCACACAACAUAAAGUUCCUGCUGUUUACACUAAUAAUUCCUUUCUUCAGUACCUAACAAAGACGUUUACGGUAUCAAACUCAACAACAAUGCCUCAGAAUACAGAAGAAACAACCACACCUCGGGUAAAUAUCAGCGUAGAUGAGAGUAAAUAUGAUUUGAACAACACUGUACAAAUUCAUCUGUUGGACCCUCGCCGAAUGUUCUUUAUUCCAGAGUCGGACAAGAAUAGAACAGAAUCAAGUAACUACGAUUUCCAAACAGGAAACGUGACAUUGCUCUUCAUCAGUGUACCACUUACUGCAGACAAUGGCAAUCAAAGCGUUAUGCAUUUCCGGAGCGAUGCUUUAGUUACCGAGGGUCGAAAUCCUAACUGUCUCAGAUGUCAUCCCAGUUUCCUUCUCCCGGGAACAUGUCAUCCCUGUGUGAUUAUUCGAUGAUAUCACACUUGUAGUCGAAGGAACAGACUACAGUGAACAUCUUUUGGUCUUAAUGUUGUAUUAAAAUAUAUAUUUAAAUACAGAAUAAAAAUGCUGUAACUGAAACAAACAAUUUAUAUCAUGUUCUUGUGAAUAAAAAUAAUUUU